ACGAAAUGAAACGCGCGACCCCGCCACCGCUCCACCAAUGCCGCCGCCGCCGCCGCACCCGUCGCGCCUCGGCUUCCACCCGCUGGAGCCGGCGCUCUCCGCCGCGGCCGACGCGCUGCACCGCUCCUGCCCGAGCUCCCCGCGCCGCGCCGUCCUCCGCCGCGCGCGCGCGCUGCACGCGCUCCUCGUGGUCUCCUCGACGCCCUCCGCGCCCACACCCGGCACCUUCAUCGUCAACCAGCUCCUCGCGCUCUACGCCCGCCUCUCCGCGCUCCCCGACGCCGUCGCGCUCCUCCGCUCCGCGCCGCGCCCCAACGUCGUCUCCUUCAACACCGUCCUCUCGGCCCUCUCCCGCGGGGCCCCGCGCCACGCGCCGCAGGCCUUCCGGCUCUUCGGCCAGCUAUGCGCGUCCGGGCUCCGCCCCACCGCGCCCAGCCUCUGCGCCGUCCUCCGCGCCGCCGGCGAGCUGCGAGACGGCCGCGCGGGAGCCCUGGCGCACGCGCAGGCCGCGGCGCUCGGCUUUCUCGCCAGCGACAUCGUGCCCACCGCCCUGCUGCAGAUGUACUCAGAGUGCGGGGCGCCGCGGGACGCCAACCGGGUGUUCGACGAAAUGGCGACGCCGGACGUGGUCGCGUGGAACUGCGCGAUGCACUGCAGCGUGCGGUAUGGCUACCUCGGGCGUGCCCUGGGGCAGUUCUGCAGCAUGGUGAGGGGUGGGCUGGCACCCACCGAGAGCACCCUCUCGUCGGUGCUCAGUGGGUGUGCACGCGCUGGGGAUAGCCGCGGGGGGCGCGUGCUGCACGGCUGGGUGGUGAAGUCGGAGGAGCUUGACCCUGACACGCCGCUGCAGAAUGCGCUGCUCGGCAUGUACUCCGGCUGCGGUGAUCUGGACACUGCGUUGCAUGUGUUUGACAGGAUUGAGACGCCCGAUUUGGUGUCAUGGAAUACUCUGAUUGCUGGGUUCUCUGGUACUGGGGAUGGAUGGAGUGCCAUGGAUGCUUUUGUACGGCUCAAGGAUGCGCGGUUUGGCGAACCGGUUGUCCCUGAUGAGUAUACAUUUGCAGCUGUGGUGUCUGCUGCUGCUGCUUUACCUGCAAUGCAUAGUGGAAUGCCACUUCAUGCUGAAGUGGUCAAAGCUGGGUUGGAGACCAGUGUCUUUGUAGGUAAUACAUUGAUCAAUAUGUAUUUUACAAAUGGGGAGUCAGGCUCAGCACGAAUUUUGUUCGAUUCCCUUCCCGAGAAAGAUGUAAUUAUGUGGACCGAGAUGGUUGCAGGCCAUUCUUCGUCAGGCGAAGCUGAAUUAGCCUUGAAGUAUUUCAUUAGCAUGCUUCAGGAAGGGUACAAGGUCGACAGCUUCUCUCUCAGCAGUGCUUUGAACUCCACAGCAGAGUUUGCAGGUCUUAAGCAAGGAGAGAUGCUCCAUGCUCAAGUGGUAAAAAGUGGUUAUGAAGGGAAUAUCUGUGCCUCCGGAAGCCUGCUUGAUAUGUAUGCUAAAAAUGGUGCUCUCCAAGGUGCCCAUUUGGUGUUCUACACCAUACCAAAGCGAGAUUUAAAGUGUUGGAAUUCCAUGAUAGGGGGAUAUGGCAAUUACGGCAAUUCAGAAAUGGCAUUUAAGUUAUUUGGUGAGAUGAUUCGUGAUGAGCUGCAACCUGACCAUGUAACUUACAUCUCCCUCCUUUCAGCAUGUAGCCACUGUGGACUAGUUGAGAAAGGGAAGUUCUACUGGUUUUGUAUGAUGACGGAUGGUAUUAUGCCAGGAUUCAAGCACUAUACUAGCAUGGUGAGUUUGUUGGGUAGGGCAGGUUUAUUGGAGGAAGCAGUUGAUUUACUGCAGAAAUCCCCAUUUGCCAAGAAAUGUCCUGAACUAUGGAGAAUUCUGCUAAGUUCCUGCGUAGCAUUAAAUGAUUUGUCUGUUGGUAUUCAUGCCGCUGAACAGGCACUCGCGCAAGACCCAGAUGAUAUGUCGACACAUGUAUUGCUUUCAAACCUUUAUGCUGCUGCAGGCAAAUGGGACGUUGUAGCUGAAAUUAGGAAAAAGAUCAGAGGAAUGAUGGUUGAGAAGGAACCUGGGCUGAGCUGGAUCGAGAUAAAAAGUACGAUUCAUGUGUUCUCAGCAGAUGAUGAAUGCCACUCUCAGAUCGAUGACUGUCGUGGCGAGUUGCUUCGACUUAAGGGGAACAUGGAAUUGUUGUAUAGUUCUGAAAAUGAAUUGCUUUCAAGUGGCUAAGUUGCCAUGAAUAUAUUUCAGUGAAAGAGCAUUUGACUUGCUUUCCUUUGAGGAUUGAUUAUUGAUAAGGACCCUCGGGUGAGUUAUUAAGAUUAAAAAUACGGUGCUUGUCUUCUCUGCAGUGCUGAAGGUUGGAAAGGGCCACCCUAAUGAUUGAAAAUAUAGUUGUGAAAAUGAUCUGCUACCAAGUGGCUAAGUUGCCAUGAACAGAUUUUGCUUAGAACUUAAAAGCGGUUUUGACUGCUUUCCUCUGUCACGGCUACUAAUCUGGCUUAUAAUAAGAAUUUGGGUGUAACAGCUAAGCAAAAGAAAUGAGAAGGUUUACUUAUCAAGGGACAAUCUAUCAAUUUAAGGUUCCAACUUAGCACUGUUACCACCAUUGGAUCAAAGAAGGUUUACAGUCAAACUGCAUCAAACAAGUUACCGAGGUGGAAGUAACACAGUAACAAGCAUAAGUCCGACUUAUGUUUGGUUCCGCCAGAGACUAGGUACAUACUAAGCACUGGAUUGAUCAGCUGACAAACAAUUGCUCGAGUCUGCUUAUCAAAAGGGAUAGAGAAGUUUGAGCCGAUGCUUUGGUGUCUCUUGCAUAAUAUGUCUGUUUGGUUCUGUUUCAGUCUAUCUGUGAUCGCCAGCAGAAUUUUGAGCUAUAAUUUUAUAGAGCAGAGAUACCUAAAUGCCCUGUGGUGCCCUUUUUUAGUGUUUCAAAGAAAUUGAUGUUGAUUGUUGAGUAGAUUAUUUUGACAAGGGCUUCUUGAGUUUACACAUUAAUCAUUUGUCAGGUGUGCUCGCUGCUUCUAGGAAAGACACGCGCUGCUGAAUAUUAAAGGAGACAGAGUAAGACAUCCCAGAGAUUAUACUGGAAUUGUUCUAACAGAAGACAAAAAUGUACACCUUAACUAAGGGCAUGGCCGUAUGAACCACAGUUACCUGUCCCAGUCAAGCCCUUCCCAAUCAUGAGGAGGGCCACAGCUGCAGCAGUGCAGCAGGUUAGGAGGGAGCCACGGCUGCAGCACUGGGCCCAGGAGGGGACAUUGACUCUUCCAAGGAAUAAAGAGUGCAUAAUGUCCCCUCAGGUUCGAAUUGCUCUGAAGUUAUCAGGGCAUUUCCUUGUAGGGCUUGUUCGCAUUUAUUCAUGGAAGAUUUUUUUUAAAUGUUCAUGUUGUAAUGGAUGGAUAUGUUGAUGGCAUCGUCAUGUCAUGUAAAUUACAUGCAGAACAAAUCUAUAUUUUUGUUGGGACUAAAAGUGAAAACUAUAUUUGGGACCAAAACUUUUCAAAUAGCUCUGAAUAUGAAUUGGGACCUUGCGCUGUUUGGGGUGGAGCUGUUGGGAGUGAGAGGCGGAUAACAAUAGGGCGAAGAAGCAUGCCAUCGAGGAGUGCAAGCAGCAGUGCUCCUUCGCAAUGGGGUGUGGCUAUAGGGGAGGGGAGGCGGCCAACGACGGGGAGAAGGAGCAGGUCGUCGAGGAGUGCAAGCAGCAGGAUUAAUUUAGGCCCAUACAGUUUCCGUGGACUGGAAGUCUGGAACUGAAGAUAGGGCAUAUUGUUUUGGUUCUGAGUGGUUGGAGAUAUUGCGGAUUGAUGUCCCUAGAGCAGUCGGACCCUUCCAAGAUAGGUGCUAAAAUCCUAGGUGUCAAGGGCAUUGUGGUGGCGCGAUCCAUGUCUACUGCGAUCGCUCGGCAUGGCGUCCAUGGCCCCUUUUGCUGCAUUCUUUGUUUUUCGGCAAAUAUGUUCUUGCUUGACCCCUGGUGAAUAUGUUCAUGAUUCAUAAUCAUUGUAUCUGAUUCAUAAGAAAUAGUGAGAUGCUUUGUUAUGAGUUACGAUAUAGGCUUUGUAAAAUUUGCAUGCAAUUUGUUGAUGGUUA